AUUCAGGGGUUGCAGACACACCCAUAGGAAGUGGGAGGGCCUCGGUAACUCUUCCCCGUGGUUGUUGUUGCGGCCGCUGAUGCGUGUUUGCAUUUUUAUGCGCUCUUACAAUCUUCACCAAAGGACUGUUCUCCGUGCAUCAUGUCGUCUACAGUAAAGAACAUCACUGUGCACUACAACCCGAUUAAUGAGGCGAAUACGUUCACAAAGGGCGACAUCGUUUCUGGUCAUAUCGCUCUGGAGCUCGCAAAGGAGUGCCAUGUAGAGUCUCUGUCUAUUAAAUUCAAGGGAAAAGCCGAAGUGAUGUGGACCGAGAGGCACGGCCAAACAACGGUAGUCUAUCACUCCAAGGACAAGUACUUCAGCAUCAAGCAGUUUUUUAUUCGAAAAGAGGAAGGCCAAGGGGAUGACUUUCAGGUGCUGCUGACAGACCAGGAGGGCUGUGCAUACCGCAAUGUCAUCGCUCCAGGUCAUCAUAUCUACCCUUUCACCUUUCAGUUCCCCACCAAGGAUAUGCCUUCCUCCUUUCAUGGUUCUGCGGGUAAAAUUGUAUACUCACUGGAGGCCAGGCUGAGUAGAUCGAUGAGGAUUGACAGCAAAGACACAACAAAGAUCACCUUUGUCUCAAAACCUGACCUCAGCAGUAUCCCUGGACUAAUGACACCACAGCAUGAUUCCAAAGAUAAGAAAAUGAAGUUUUUCACUUCAGGAACAGUAGGCAUGGAUGUAAGUCUGGAGAAGAUGGGUUACCAACAAGGAGAGGGGAUAAAGGUCAUAGCCUUAAUUCAGAACGACUCGUCUCGUGACAUCAAGCCCAAGUACUGUGUGUACAAAAAGCACAGCUUCUUUGCAAACAAAAAGAGGAGGCUUCAUACCAAAGACCUCUUCAAAGAGGUUGGACAGCCCAUCCCCCCCUCGACUCACCAAAGGGUCACCCAGGUCCUUACCAUCCCCGCUGACUUGGAGCCAUCCAUCCUGAACUGCAGUAUCAUCAAAGCAGAGUACCGGCUCAGGGUCUACCUGGAUGUCAAGUAUGCUUCAGACCCAGAGAUCAAAUUCCCAAUAGUCAUCUUACCUGCUUCUGAGGUUCCUGCCAUGGACCAACCACCUGCUUAUGCUGGAUUUGGAUAUGAAGCCUCUUGGAACCCAAACCAACCAAUCUGGGGCGCUGCAGCACAAGCCCCAGUGGCAUCCCAACCUGCAGAGCCCCCACCUCCUUAUGGGCAGUAUGGGCUGUACCCGACCAUGUCCGAUUUUAACAAAAAAUAUUAAUGACACCGUUCUGAAGAUACUUUGUGUUCUGUCAUUAAUAGGAUGAAGGGAUAUCCAGGGACUACAGUUGACUUGAUUUCUAAUCAAAAUGCCAGCCUAUAUUACUGUAUGUGUGAUGUUUUUCUUGUACAGUGUCUAAUAACUGUUCCACAUUGUUCUACAUAGCGGAACAUAAUGGAUAAACUGUGCUGUGCAGUGAUACCUCUCUGAGUGAAAUGUAAUGUUGGGGGGGGCGGACACAAUAUAGGAGCAGCUAAUGAAUGUAGCUAAUACAUACACUAUAUGAUGCCACUGAUCUGGUAUGACAUAACACUCAGCUAUUACAAUUGUCUAUUUUUUUUUUUUUUUGCAUGUGUUUCAAAUCAUUUUUACUAUUUUACCAUAUACUAACCAGGAUUUAAUGUACCUGUAUAUGUGUGUGUUCAUAUUAUAUAUUUUGUAGUGUUUGUUAAACAGUUACGGACUGGAUCAUUUGAAAAUAUAUGUAUCCGCUUCCCUGUAAAACACAUUUAAAAUAACUAUUGACAUUCC